CACCCAUGCGCGACCCGGCCGCAUACCAGACGGUGUUGCAGUCUCCAGUCGGCUUGCAUUACCUCGGCGUUUCGAGCCAGCGUCAGCCACUAUGCCGCAAUGCUGAAGGAUGGGGUCCCAUCAGCCCUUUUCGCUAUGACUUUACGCCCUGCUUCCUCGAUGUCUGGAUAGCCUCCGUCUCUGUCUUUGGCCUCGUCUUCGGACCCGGUGCAAUCUACUACCUCUUGAAGAAAUGCAGCCCCCAGCCCGUCAAGCAAGAUUGGCAUUUCUACACCAAGUUGUCCGUUCUUGCCGCUCUUUGCGCCACUACCAUCCUCCAAGGUGUCUUCCAGAUCGUCAACUUUGGCAGCGUCUGGGCUGGCGACUUCCGUUUCUGGGCCACCGUCCUGAAUCUCGCCUCCAUCGCCCUCAUCUUCUACAUCCAGUACAUUGAACACUGGCGAUCGCGUCAGGCCAAUGGAGUUGUCCUGGUCUUCUGGCUGUUGCUCCUUGUUGCAUACGCCGUCAAGAUGCGCUCUCUGGUCUCGCAACAGCUAUACCGCUCCGAACUUCCUUACUUUGUCACCUUUGCCGUCAGUGUCGCGUUGGCCGCUCUCGAAUUCGGUCUUGAGUGGCUUGUGCCCAAACGCCUGAGCGACUACGACGCUCUUGGAGAUGAAGACGAGUGCCCUAUGGAGUAUGCUAAUGUCUUCUCCAUUCUCACCUUCUCCUGGAUGACCCCAAUGAUGAAGUAUGGCUACAAGAACUUCUUGACCCAGGACGAGCUAUGGAACCUUCGUAAAAGAGACACAACCGCCGCAACCACUCAGGCCUUCAACGAUGCAUGGGAGCAAGAGCUGGAGAAGAAGAAGAAGCCAAGCCUCUGGAUCGCCUUGGCUCGUGGCUUUGGUGGUCCAUAUGUUCGUGGUGCAAUGAUCAAGACCAUCUCGGAUAUACUGGCCUUUGCUCAGCCUCAACUCUUACGUCUCCUGAUCUCGUUCGUCGAUUCCUACCGUACCGAAAAUCCCCAGCCUCCAAUUCGAGGAGCUGCCAUUGCUCUUUCCAUGUUCGCUGUAUCAGUCUCUCAGACGCUUGCACUGCACCAGUAUUUUCAAAGAGCCUUUGAGACUGGCAUGCGCAUUCGUUCAUCAUUGACCGCUGCUAUUUACCACAAGUCAAUGCGUCUCUCUAAUGAGGGCAGAGCAUCAAAGUCUACCGGAGACAUUGUCAAUUACAUGGCUGUUGAUACUCAGCGUCUGCAAGAUCUCGCGCAGUAUGGUAUGCAGCUGUGGUCUGCGCCUUUCCAGAUUACGCUGUGUAUGAUCUCGCUCUACCAGCUUGUAGGACUGAGUAUGUUCGCUGGUGUUGGCGCUAUGAUUGCGAUGAUUCCCAUCAACGGCGUCAUUGCACGUAUUUCCAAGAAUUUGCAAAAGAAGCAGAUGAAAAACAAGGACUCAAGAACGCGUUUGAUGACUGAAAUUCUGAGCAACAUGAAGUCUAUCAAGCUCUACGCCUGGACUACUGCCUUCAUGAACAAGCUGAACUAUAUUCGUAACGACUUGGAGCUAAACACUCUUCGAAAAAUUGGUGCAUCCAUGGCCCUGGCCAACUUCACCUGGUCAACUACUCCUUUUUUUGUAUCCUGCUCAACCUUUGCAGUCUUCGUUCUCACCGGCAACAAAGCGCUUACAACAGAUAUUGUGUUCCCUGCAUUGACGCUCUUCAAUCUCCUUACUUUCCCUCUGGCCAUCCUGCCUAUGGUUAUUACCUCCAUCAUCGAAGCAAGCGUUGCUGUCAAUCGUUUGACCGACUUCUUCGUUGCGCCCGAGUUGCAACGUGACGCCGUGCUCAAAUACGACGCCGUAACCGAGCGUGGCGAGGAAGCAGUCCGUAUCCGGGAUGCGACCUUCACCUGGAACAGCAACGACACUCGUAAUGCUCUUGAGAACAUCUCCUUCUCCGCUCACAAGGGCGAGCUUUCUUGCGUUGUUGGCCGUGUUGGAGCCGGCAAGUCUUCCUUCUUGCAGACCCUCUUGGGUGAUCUUUACAAGAUCAAGGGUGAGGUUGUCUUGCGUGGAAAGGUGGCAUAUGUUGCUCAAUCUCCAUGGGUUAUGAAUGCUAGCGUUAGGGAGAACAUUGUCUUCGGUUAUCGUUGGGAUCCUCAGUUCUACGAAAAGACCGUUCAUGCUUGUGCUCUGAAGGAAGAUUUCGCAUCUCUACCAGAUGGCGACCAAACCGAGGUCGGUGAACGCGGUAUUUCCUUGUCCGGCGGACAGAAAGCUCGUCUGACCCUUGCCAGAGCUGUCUAUGCUAGAGCAGACGUUUACCUCCUUGAUGAUGUCCUAUCGGCCGUUGACCAGCAUGUCGGAAGACAUCUCAUCGACAACGUUCUGGGCCCUAAUGGUCUUCUCAAUGGAAGGACGAGAAUCCUGGCUACGAAUUCUCUUCCCGUUCUGAUGGAAGCCAAUUACAUUGUUCUUUUGCGUGAAGGUCGCAUCUUGGAACGUGGCACCUACGAGCAACUGAUGGCUAUGAAGGGCGAGAUAUCUCAGCUCAUAAAGACAGCCAGCAACGAAGAGUCUCAGAAUGAGUCGCAAAGCGAGACCCCGGACAGCGACGACUCGGCCACUGUCUUCGAAACCGAUCCAGACUCCGCUCAAGGCGAACUGGAGAUCACGCAAGCCGAAGAAGGCGAGACUCAACUCGCUCCCAUCAGUACCGGUGGUGGUCGCCCAGCACGCAGGGCGAGCGGGCUCUCCUUACGUCGUGCGAGUACUGCGAGUUUCGCUGGGCCCCGCGGUAAGCUCACAGAUGAAGAAGGCACCGCCGGUCUCAAAAGCNNAAAGCAAAACAAGGAAUUUUCCGAGCAGGGUAAGGUCAAAUGGUCUGUCUACUCCGAAUAUGCCAAGACUAGCAAUCUGGUCGCUGUCGCCAUCUACCUCGUCACCUUGGUCGGGGCCCAGACCGCUCAAAUUGGUGGCAGUGUCUGGCUCAAAAAUUGGUCCGAGAUCAACGGCAGAUAUGGCGGUAAUCCUCACGUUGGAAAGUACAUCGGCAUCUACUUUGCCUUUGGUAUUGGCUCCGCUGCCCUGGUUGUCGUGCAGACACUCAUCCUGUGGAUCUUCUGCUCAAUUGAGCUUCACGAACGAAUGGCAUAUGCUAUCUUCAGAUCACCUAUGACCUUCUUCGAGACGACCCCCGCCGGACGUAUUCUAAACCGCUUCUCAAGUAACAUGCGUAUAUUGAUUGACUAUCGCNNAGCUCUCUUCACUCUGGUCGUCAUCUCAAUGUCAACCCCGGCUUUUAUCGCGUUGAUUGUGCCAUUGGGUGGAGUCUACCUCUAUAUCCAAAGGUACUAUCUCCGGACAUCACGUGAACUAAAGCGUCUGGACAGUAUCAGCCGCAGUCCAGUCUAUGCUCACUUCCAGGAAUCUCUGAGUGGUAUCAGCACGAUCCGCGCUUACCACCAAAGCAAGCGCUUUGCCAUGGAGAACGAAUGGCGCGUGGAUGCGAACCUCAGAGCAUACUUCCCUUCCAUCAACGCAAACCGCUGGCUAGCAGUUCGUCUUGAGUUCAUCGGAUCCGUCAUCAUCCUUGCUGCCGCUGGCUUCGCCAUUAUCUCGGUUUCAACAGGAAGUAAAAUAUCUGCCGGCAUUGUUGGUCUAUCGAUGUCCUAUGCCUUGCAGAUCACUCAGUCGCUCAACUGGAUUGUACGCCAAACGGUCGAGGUGGAAACCAACAUUGUCUCGGUCGAACGUGUCCUCGAGUACGCACGUCUCCCCAGCGAAGCACCCGAGAUUAUCUCAAAGCACAGACCGCCGGUUAGCUGGCCUUCCAAGGGUGCAGUUUCGUUCAACAACUACAGCACCAGAUACCGCGAGGGACUGGAUUUGGUCUUGAAGAAUGUCAACCUCAGCAUCAAGUCACACGAAAAAAUUGGUGUUGUAGGUCGAACAGGUGCUGGAAAGAGUUCCUUGACUCUUGCUUUGUUCCGCAUCAUAGAGCCUACCGAAGGCGAUAUCACGAUAGAUGAUUUGAGCACGAGCUCCAUUGGUUUGUUGGAUUUGAGAAGAAGACUUGCCAUCAUUCCACAAGAUGCUGCCCUCUUCGAAGGCACCAUUCGCGAUAAUCUGGAUCCAGGUCAUGUCCAUGAUGACACCGAGCUUUGGAGCGCUCUAGAUCACGUGUCGAGCAUGUCCGGCGGACUUGAUGCUCAGAUCCAUGAAGGUGGAUCUAACCUGAGCCAAGGCCAGCGUCAACUAGUCUCAUUGGCGCGUGCGUUGUUGACGCCGAGCAACAUCUUGGUGCUUGAUGAAGCAACCACGGAUGCAUUGUUGCAGACCACACUGAGAAGCAAUAUGUUCAAGGAUCGGACGAUCAUUACGAUUGCGCACCGCAUCAACACGAUCCUUGACAGUGACCGCAUCGUGGUACUUGACCACGGACGUGUGGCCGAGUUCGAUACGCCCUCCGAAUUGGUCAANAAGAAGGGCCUGUUCUAUGAGUUGGUGCGGGAGGCCGGUCUGCUUGGAAGUGUCGAUACCAGCAGCGCAGCGGAA